AUGGCUGCUCGGGAACGAUGGGAUAAUAUCGGGGGUCUGCUUGUCACUCUGCUUUGUCUCUGCGACUGGUCCGUGGCUCAGAUAUCCUACACGAUCUCAGAGGAGGUGGACAAAGGGACAGCCGUGGGAAAUCUCGCUAAGGAUUUAAAUCUGAACGUGCAGCGACUCGAGUCCACGGGACUUCAGAUUACCUCUGGGUAUAACAAACGCUAUUUUGACAUCAAUCAUGAAACUGGAGUACUUUCCGUUAGCGAGAGGAUAGAUCGGGAGGAGCUUUGUCCUAAUACGGUAAAGUGCUCUUUAAAUAUAGAGGCCAUAUUGAGUAACCCUCGCAGCCUCCAUCGAAUUGAAGUUGUGGUUAAUGAUAUCAAUGACAAUGCGCCGUCUUUUCUGGAAGAAAUAACUACAAUAGAUAUGUAUGAGUCUUCAUAUACCGGGGAAAGGUACCCACUGCCGAUAGCUCACGACGCAGACGUAGGCGCUAACUCGGUGAAGACUUACAAAUUAAACCCGAAUGAGUAUUUCUCUUUAGAUAUUCAGAACACUGGUGACCAGAGUGUGUCUGCAGAGUUAGUGCUGCAGAAAGCAUUAGAUCGAGAAAAACAGGAUGUUAUUGAACUCACGCUGACCGCGAUAGAUGGUGGAAAACCUCCCAAAACUGGUACUUUACAGAUAAAAGUUAACGUACUGGAUGUAAAUGAUAACUCACCAGUGUUCAGUAAACCUCUCUACAAGGUCCAGGUGGUUGAAAAUGCAAAUAUAGGCACAACGUUAUUAACACUAACGGCUACUGAUUUAGACGAAGGUGUUAAUGGUGAACUCGUAUACUCGUUCACAGAGAGGGGACGUUUAAACCCUGAUGAUAAAUUUGCCCUGAAUGAUAACACUGGAGAAAUAACUGUAAAAGGCAAAAUUGAUUACGAGGAAAAUCAAGCAUAUGAGAUUCGGGUUCAAGCACGAGACAAAGGCACUCCCCCUCGCAAUGCACACUGCAAGGUUUUAGUCGAAGUUAUUGAUGUCAAUGACAACGCUCCAGAAAUCUCAGUGUCAUCACUGAUGAGUCCGGUCAAAGAAGACGCUGAAAUAGGCACAGCUGUCGCUAUGGUGACUGUCACUGAUAAAGACGGAGGCAAAAAUGGCCAAACAAACUGUAUGUUAACAGGUUCUGUGCCAUUUAAAUUAAAAUCUAACUAUAAGAAUUACUAUUCCUUAUUGGUUGACGGGCCACUUGACAGAGAAACUGUUUCCCAAUAUAAUGUAUCAAUUACGGCCACAGAUGAAGGAACUCCCCCUCUGUCGAGCACAAACAUCAUUACUAUUCAAGUUUCUGAUGUAAACGACAACCCUCCUAGAUUCCUGGACCCUCAGAUUAAUAUUUAUGUUAAAGAAAAUAGCCCGAUUGGAACUACUAUUCAUUCACUAACGACGUUAGAUUCAGACUUAAAUGAAAACGCAAAAUCAUCGUAUCACUUAAUCAAUAGUUCUCCUAAGACCACACAGAUAUCCUCAAUGGUGAACAUCAACUCAGAGACUGGAGAUAUAGUCAGUCUGCAGGCCUUUAACUAUGAGGAGCUGAAAACGUUUCAGUUUAAAGUUCAGGCCACAGACUCUGGUCUUCCUCCGCUCAGCAGCAACGUGACUGUCAACGUGUUUAUCCUGGAUGAGAAUGACAACAAUCCCACCAUUCUCGCUCCCUAUUCUGAGCAUGGCUCCGUUAACAGUGAGACCAUCCCCUAUUCUGCUGAAGCGGGAUACUUUGUGGCAAAGAUCAGGGCUGUAGAUGCAGACUCUGGAUACAAUGCGCUGCUUUCUUAUCACCUCUCUGAGCACAAAGGUAACAACCUUUUCCGCAUCGGAACCAGCACCGGGGAGAUCAGGACUAAGAGGAGAAUGAGUGACAAUGACCUGAAGACUCACCCCUUGCUGGUCUCGGUCUCUGAUAACGGAGAACCCUCCCUGUCAGCUACUGUGUCUAUUGAAGUGGUGGUGGUCGAGAGCACAGCUGACAUCCAGACUCAGUUCAGACAUGUGCCCAUAAAGGAGGAGAGCUUCUCUGAUUUAAACCUCUAUCUGCUGAUCGCCAUCGUGUCGGUGUCAGUCAUCUUCCUGCUCAGCCUCAUCACUUUAAUAGCUGUCAAAUGCCACAGGACAGACAGCACCUUCAGCAGGUACAGCGCCCCAAUGAUCACCACCCACCCUGACGGGAGCUGGUCUUACUCUAAAGCUACUCAGCAGUAUGACGUCUGUUUCAGCUCAGACACGCUCAAGAGUGACAUGGUGGUUUUCCCCGCCCCGUUUCCGCCUGUAGAUGCGGAGCUGAUCAGUAUAAACGGAGGAGACACGUUUACAAGAACACAGACUUUACCUAAUAAAGAAAAGGUAAGAGGCAUAAAUAAUUAA